AUUUUUUAAUUGAAAGACAUUUUCAAAGCAGUAGCCUUAUUUGGAAGAGAUGUGGCAAUCGUAGUGAUUAUUAAGUUAUUUUAUUCUGCAUUCGGUUCAAAAUGCAUUCGCACUAUAUAACGAAGAUUUUAUUAUUUUCGCUGAGCGUACUGCAAGGUAUUUUCUCAUCGCAAGCGAUAUAUUUGGAAAACGACAUCACAAAACUUUUGGAUAAAUGGAUCACCUCCGUAUUCACAGUUGAUUCAGAAAAAGCAUGCGAUCUAUUCUCAACAGUGAGCUAUUACAAAGUGAAAGAAUUCGAACACGAGUUGGACCAUAACGUAAGCCAUUUCGACAAAAAGUUCUUUUUCCAAGAUGUUAAUUUUACCAUGGUGAGGAUGACGGAAGACAUGGUCGACUCCGACUUCUCUGGCGAAUGGGAGCCGCCACAAAUUCACUGGAAAUUCUCCGAAAACAAACUGACUGUAUUCUUCGAAGAACUAAUGUUACACACACAAGGAACACUCGGCGCGAAAAAGAAUGAGCCGUAUGCCGAUUUCAACACUUAUCUGGGCGUCUUCAACGCGACACUGGUAGCGGUAGCAUCUCCAAACCCAGAAAAUACAGAUUACCUGAAAAUCGCCUAUGAUUUUUCAUACCCCGAAUCGGUCACAUUUUUGAAUGGCGACGAGGAUGUACAAUGGUUCAACGUCACAACUCCACCGCACGAAGACCUCAACAAAGAAAUCGAACCAGUAUUGCCUUUAAUGAUCAGCAAAAACAUACAAAACAAUUACGAAUUUUCUUACGCCCUAGGCGAAAUUUUCGAAGCAUAUACCGAUACGAAAAAAGAAAUAAUUUACGAACAUCCUGAUUUCGUGAAAAAUUCCGGAUUAUUCCACUACCUGAUACCGAAAAUCCCAUUUUACGAAUUUACCUUGAAACGAGUAGUCAUCUUCGGGUUAUCGAAUUUGGAAUCGUUCAAAGUUCACAGCACGUCUGGCGUUUUUACGCAUACUCUGUUGGUUAAAAAUGUCGAAGGAAGUGUGACCUUGGAUUACGGAACGGACGAAGAAUCGCCUUUGAAAAUGAUUUUCCAAAUCGACUGUCUUUUUAUUUCGAAAAGAGACGAUACUAGUUGCGCUUAUGUGAAUGCCCAAUAUUACCAUAUUGCUCGAGCAAAAACUAACGUUUUGUUAACGAAUCGUCAGUCGGAGGCGAUCAUUCAUGGUCUGGAGCGAGGAAUCGCGUCUUCUGUAUUGCCAUCGAUGGAAGUUGGAAAAGUAUGCGACUUGGAAACACCUUUGGAUGAAAUUGAUAUUACCAACGCAACUGACUGGAAAAGUGUAAAAGAAUCAUACAGAGGAUGGAUUCCAUUCAACGACGACAAUGAGAACUCUGAAGUCGCGAAAUUUCAUUUGAAUGCAUUCCAAAGUUGAAACAAAAUAAAACGGUGGAUCCGAAAUUGAGAUCAGAAAUUAAAUUUAGAAUAACCUACCAAUUUGAGCAUUUUUUUGAUUUGUAAAUAUAUGUACCAUGUAGAACAAUAUAAUUAUAAGCUAUAAACAUUA